AUGUCAGUGCAAGGCCGUGUCACCUUGAAGGACAACCAGGCAUUGGUAGUGUUGAAUGUCGCCACCAACAACAACCAAGCGGAGGAGAGGCCAAGGUCCGACUUGGAAGCGCUGCUGAACAGAGCUUUGCGACAGGAGGUGCCGGUGCACCCAACCCGGCUCCCACUCCUCCGCAAACACCUGGCGGCGAUGGUCUGCAACGUCCAGAAGGGGCUCCACUUGGACCCCGUGGGCUUGCACGGUGCCUGGAAUGCAGCUGCAGAACAAAGGCUGCUGGAGUGCUUGACAAAGCCAAAGAGGGUGGUGACUCCGAAGCCAGUCGUCCCAGCCAUUGCAGCACCUGCACCAGUCCUUCAACUUGAAGAUGGCAAGGUGUCCGGUUCCUCGUCUACUUCGGAUUCCUCCUAUUCGGAUUCCUCCUCUUCUACGUCCUCGGAGGAAGAGGCGAUGCCGGAGUAUGUUCCCAACCCAUCCUUGCCGCCGCCUCCAGAGUAUCCUUCUGACGAUGAGUACGGUAUGCCAAACCCUUCCUUGGGCCCACAGUCUGAAGUCCUCACGGAUGACGAGUACCUGGCGCCCCCAGCUCCAGCCGCCCCCUGCGAAGAGAGCCAUGAACGUCCAGCCAAGUGCCAGCGGUGCCAGGAACGGGAAGAAGAGUUUUGGUCUUUGGCUGAAUCCCACCAGCUCAUUGCGGAAUGGUUAGAGGCAGCUGAACAGGAGAAUGCUCGGUUGCGGGCCCAGAGGUGA